CCGGCGUUCCCCGACCGGGUAUGGAAGCAUGGACAACGAACAGCCCCACCAGGAGUUGGUAAAAUGUGUCCUCGUCGGCGAUACGGCCGUCGGCAAGACGCGGCUGAUCUGCGCCCGGGCCUGCAACAAGCACGUCUCGCUGUCCCAACUGCUCAACACGCAUGUGCCAACCGUGUGGGCCAUUGACCAGUACCGGAUCUACAAGGAUGUCCUCGAACGAUCGUGGGAGAUUGUCGACGGUGUAAAUGUAUCCCUGCGCCUGUGGGACACCUUUGGCGAUCACGACAAGGAUCGCCGAUUCGCGUACGGCCGAUCCGACGUGGUGCUGCUAUGCUUCUCGAUCGCCAAUCCGGUUUCGCUGCGCAACUGCCGGGCGAUGUGGUACCCGGAAAUACGCAAGUUCUGCCCGGAUACGCCGGUCAUACUGGUCGGGUGCAAGAACGAUCUGCGGUACAUGUACCGUGACGAGACGUAUCUGUCGUACUUUGGCGACCGGAGUCCGUUCGUGCGGGCGGCUCGCAAGUCCGAUCUCGUGAUGCCGGACGAAGCCCGCGCCGUCGCCAAGGAGCUGGGCGUCGCGUACUACGAGACGAGCGUCUUUACGUACUUUGGCGUCAACGAGGUGUUUGAGAACGCAAUCCGCGCGUCGUUGAUCGCCCGGCGCGAACAUCGCUUCUGGAUGACCAACCUGAAGCGCGUCCAGAGGCCUCUAUUGCAGGCCCCGUUCCGACCGCCGAAACCGCCACCACCGGAAGUGACCGUCAUUACCGGCGUGCAUACGAAGGACAUGCUGAACAUGUUCAAUUCCCAGUGCUAUACAGAUCUAGUAUUAAUUGUCGGUACUAUCCGUUUUUCCGUACAUAGAUUUAUGUUAGCGAGUAGUUCGAAUGCAUUUCAUAGGUUACUAAUGAUGGACAUUAGCGACAUUGGUGCGAGAAGCAGCAGCGAGUCCAGCAUGGUCAGCUCGACGUUCGGCGAAUCGACGACGGCCGAUUUUAACGAGGAUACGGAGUGUUUGAUUCGGCUCGAUCAGAACAAAGCUCCCAAUCGAAUGUGGGAGCAGCUAAAGCGACGAUCCAGCUAUCAGGCACUGCCAACGGUGGAACCGAAGAAAGAUCUCUACCGCGAGUUGCAUCAUCCGGUGUUUCAAAGUAUUAGAGUGUUCCAGAUUGAAAGUGGAAGACACAGCUACACGCAGACUCAGACGGUUGUCCAGAUUAGCAAAGUUAUCACUCCUCAGGCGAUGCAGCAGUGCCUGAAGUUCAUCUAUACCGGCACGAUCGAUCGCGACUGCUUGGACAUUCAGACGGCGUCGAUCGGAUUGAUACUGGAAAUCAGACAGGCCGCCGAAUUUCUGGAGCUUCCCCAGCUGAUGGUGCUCCUGUCCAACUCGCAGGCGAAUCAAAGUUUCAUGAACGAUGAAACGAUUCAACAUUACUCGACGUGUAUGAAACAAAAUUUGGAGAAAUAUUGUGUUCAAAACGGUAUCUUCGGGGAUAUCACGUUCGAGCUGGACGAUGGUCACAUGAAGGCCCACCGCGCCAUGCUGGUCGCACGCUGUGAUGUGAUGAAAGCGAUGCUGAACGGUGAUUUCCGUGAGGCUCAUGCCAAUUUGAUUGUACUUCCCGGUGUGACGGAGUACACGUUCCACAAGCUGCUGUGCUAUCUGUACACCGACGAAAUACCGCCAAUCUCGGCCGACAAGUGUUUGAACCUGCUGGAGCUGGCCAACCGGCUAUGCUUGCCACGGCUGCUGAAUCUGGUCGAGUGUCGCGUGAUCGAGGAUUUGCUGCGAAUGUCACAGAGCGAGACGAGCGAAGCAGUCGAGCACUGCCUGCGACUGCUGGAACCGGUGAAGCUGCACAAUGCGCACCAGCUGGCGGAGUGGUGUAUGUCGCAUCUGUGCGUGAACUACAACAGCAUCUGCCGGCUGUCCCCGCGCAGCCUGAAGAGUUUGCACCCGGACAAUCAGGACUAUUUGCGGGAGCACCGUUGGCCGCCGGUUUGGUAUCUGAAGGACUACGAUUACUACCAGCGCUGCAUGAACGAGCUCAGCCGCGAGCUGAACAGUGGCAAAAAAGACUGCACCGCAGACGACAAGGGGUGUCUGUGUUUCUCAGGAGUGUUUUUCUGGCUACUAGGGAAAUCAAAACGGUCGGCCGCCAACGCCAAAUCGACCAUCCAGACGACGGCCAAGGCGGGAGGAACCGCGGGCAACACCGGCGACCAGCAGGAUACGGUGAGCUCGAGUCUCUUCCAGUCCAACGCCAACUCGGUCAACCAGCUCGAUCCGGAACACGAUGCCGGUGAUCUUUGACAUCCGGCCGAUGGCCCGUGGAGAUCGCUCCGUUUCAUCGUCAUCCUGCCGGUGCUUAUCUGCUUCAUCUGCACCAUCCUCAGCAUCCUGAUCAUCUUCCAGAUCUACACAUAAUAUUUACUGCAACGGUAGCCGCAGACGGGCGGCUAUUAGAUACCCUUAUUUUUUAAGCCCACACGCAUUAUCCCUGGCCCCGGGCGGCACCCUCACGAUCGAUGGGGCGCGAACUCGAUCGAGAGCGGAGCGGAGCGAUCAUUUCUCGGUUUCGUUUCAUCACGGGUCGUCCUCGUCGUCGUCGGAAGCAAACGCAGAAAAGGAUUAUGGCCAUUAAAAAUAUGUUCCGGGUUUUCCCGGCAUUCCAAUCCGACAGUGAUGCAUUUGAGGAACACUAAACACACUCCAAACUUCGAAGCAGGAAGCGUGAGAAAGUAUAUUAUUUUCUUCCACCGUAACUCGCGUCUAAUGCCGUUUCACGGGGUGUCACUUCCGCUCGAAACGGUCCCAAUAGUAACGGCAAUUCAGUGCAUUCCAACGGGGUGUGAAAUGGGAGUCACUGUCACACCGAUGCAGUUCGAUUUAUCCAGUAGCCCAAAGCAUUCAGCGACCCGACUCGCCCCAGGUGGCUUCGUUUUUGAGCGUAAAGAGCGCAUAAAGGGAGCGAGAGAAUAUGUUAGGUUAGAGAACUAAACCAAUUGAUGUGCGUGUUGCUUCUUAUCGCAAAUUCGAUAGAAAAGACUUGCAAAUAAAUUGCAUGUAACCGUAAUAUACUAUCCUUUAUA